UUCUCUGGAGUCCGCUCUGCGGGCUUCUGGGAGAUGUAGUUUCUGAUCUGUAUGCAGGACGGAAGGAGCGGGGGAGGCCCCUUACGCAAACUACAAUUCCCGGCGGAGAGCGCGGUGGAGGGGGGUGGGAUCUGAACAUGGCGGCGGUGGUAGCUGCUACGGCGCUGAAGGGCCGGGGGGCGAGAAAUGCCCGCGUCCUCCGGGGAAUCCUCUCAGGAGCCACUGCUAACAAGGCUUCUCAGAACAGAACCAGAGCACUGCAGAGCCACAGCUCCCCAGAGUGCAAGGAGGAGCCUGAGCCCCUCUCCCCUGAGCUGGAAUACAUUCCCAGAAAGAGGGGCAAGAACCCCAUGAAAGCUGUGGGACUAGCCUGGGCCAUCGGCUUCCCCUGUGGUAUCCUACUCUUCAUCCUCACCAAGCGGGAAGUGGACAAGAACCGUUUGAAGCAGAUGAAGGCUCGGCAGAACAUGCGGGCGUCCAACACGGGCGAGUAUGAGAGCCAGAGGUUCAGGGCUUCCUCCCAACAUCCCCCAUCCCCUGAAGUUGGUUCUGGGGUACAGGCCUGAGGAGCACUGCAGCAACCCUCUAGACUGUAUUUUGACUGAAACCCUGCAGUUUGGCUGAUUCUGGUCAUUGGCCUGUGAGGUCCACCAGAGGGCGCAUGGAGCCAGACUGCUGCCAAUCCCUGCCCCUCCCACACCGAGGAGCCAGCUGAAAGCAAAUAAAUUUAUUCAGUGGAAAGGAA